AUGGAGCUGCAGAUCAUAUCGCUUCGCUGUGAAGAGGCAACAGCUUUCAGUCGCCGCAGCGGCGUUUAUCAGCUGCAGUUGCCCAGCUACAGUGAAGCUCCAUUUAUUGCAAGCUGUGAUGAGCACACUCAGGGUGGAGGCUGGACUGUUGUGCUGCGACGUCAGGAUGGCAGCGUGGACUUUUUCUUGUUCUGGCAGGACUAUAAGCAGGGCUUUGGCAACGUGCAGGGCGAGUUCUUUAUUGGCUUGGACAGAUUGCGCGCUCUAACCAAAAAUAAAGAUCAAGAACUGCUCAUCGUUAUGGAUAAUAACGAGGGAGUCCAAAAAUACGCAAAGUACAGUCAUUUUGCCAUCGAUAAUGAACAAAAUAAUUACAAGUUGAGUACUUUGGGUGUCUACACUGGAGAUGCUGGAGACUCUUUGAAAUUUCAUUUGGGCUAUCGGUUUUCAACGCGCGAUCGAGAUAAUGACAAGGAUAAGAAUAAUUGUACUAACCUUUGUACGGGCGCUUGGUGGUACGUCUCAUGUCAUGCUAGCAAUCUGAUGGGCAAGUACAAUGAUAUUACCAAUGGCAAAGGCAUUAACUGGGGUGAUCCUAGUGCCUCGUUGAAGCGUGUGAAAAUGUUAAUUAGAAAGCGAAGAACAUAA